AAACUCUUCAUUAAUUGAACUUGAAAAUCAAAAUUAUAUUAUAAGCAAAUUUCCUAUUCAAAAUUCAAUUAAAAGAUUUUGGCAAAUGAUUUAUAAAGAAUCUUUCCCUUUUUUCGAUUCUUCAAUCGAACCAAUAGUGAUUUUAUUGACAUUAGAUAACAAUGAUACUUAUAAUAGUUAUGGUAAUUAUAAAUACUGGCCAACCAAUCCAAAUGAUUACAUUUUAAUUGAUAAUAUUGAUAACAACCGAAAAGUUUCCAAAUAUAAACUAAAGAUUAAAAAUAUCAAUGUUAAAUAUUUUGAAAGUGGAAAAUUUUAUCAUUCUAGAUUAUUGGUUGUUCCAAUAACUGAUGGUGGUGUUAAUGAUAAUAAUGAUAAUAGCGAUAUUUUUAUUGAUAAUGAAUUUAAUUUAUCAUCGUUUGGUUUAAAUAACCAAAAACCGUAUGCAAAGAUAGUGAAUCAUAUUUAUUACAAUCCAAGCGAGUUUAAUGACAAUAAGUCAUUUUUAGAGCUAGUAAAAUAUAUUGAAAAUUUAAAUACAAGCAAUAAAAUUAGUAAGGUGAAAUUGCCAUUAUUUAUUUCGUGUAUAAAUGGAAUUGGAUCCACUGGAUUAUUUAUUUCAUUGCAUUAUUUAUUAAAUUAUUGCGGCUAUUUUAAAAUUGAUAAUUUAAUAGAUAUCAUUAAUAUGAAUCGAAUUUUAAAUCAUAAUGAGUCAAAUAAUGAGGAUAUUGAUAUAAUCUUUAAUUUUAUUUGUGAAUUGAGAAAUCAGAGGUUACUUUUAGUGGAAAAUGUAUCUCAAUUUUUAUUUAUAUAUUCUAAUCUACGAAACAUCUUAUUAGAAAGAAUUGAUUUUUUUAAAAGGAAUUUUGAAUGUGUUCAAAGAGAGCUUUUUGAUGUUUGGGGCAAGCAGGAAAAAAAGCUGGUUUGAAACCAUAUCUGCGGAACUAUUUGUGUGAUUUCAUUGGUUGGAGCGUUUUCCGUAAUAAGAGUGAAGGUGAUACCAGAAUAAUACCAGAAUAGUGCUGAUAGAAACAUUUUGUAUGGGCAAUUGAUCGUUUGCAUCAGAAUUUGGCGUAUCAUGUUGAUAAGUCGGCGGCAUGGGAACUCACACUCUCUUCCAGUGUAAGUGAAUGUGAAUGUGAUGGUGUUUGGUGUUUUUUGAAUGUUUCCUCUUAUGUUUUGGCUAUUUUUGUUUCUAUUUUUAAAGAGCAUUGUGCAAUUUUGUGAUGUUAAUUAAUUGAAUUUUGGCAAAAGGUUUUUGUAUGAAAUUGAAAAGGCGUGGGAAGUAGGAAAGAAGUUAUGAAAUAUAUAUAUGAAGGUUUUUCUAAGGAUUUGAAUAUACUGAUUGAAUUGUGGAAUUGGAUUUUUCAAAGUUGUUUGUUUUGAUUGGACUGAGCUAAGAUUGUGUGA